CGCGUAAGGAUAUCUUAAAAUUAAUUGUCUGUUCGGCACUUAGUAGUGUGUGGGCCCUCUGGCGGGGAUUUAAACAGUAGGCGAACGGAAAUACAUACCGGUCAGUGUGUUAUAAAAAUAGACAGCAAUUUUACAGAUAAGUGUUGAGUGACUUAGAGAAAUGUUCAAGUUUUUGAGGAGGCAUCCUCCUAAAGAAACCGAGGGACGUGAAAGUCAGAAAAAGGAGUUAUUUGGUUUUCGCAGGCUGAUUGAACAUGGAUUUCCUAGCAAGCCAUCAGCUCUUGCCUUUGACCCCAAGUUGAAGCUCCUGGCUAUUGGAACAAAGUCUGGUGCUUUAAGAGUGUUUGGUGCACCAGGUGCAGAGUGGACAGGACAACACAAAGAAGAUGUACAGGUGGCACAGCUUUUCUUCUUACCAGAACAGGGUCGUCUUAUUUCGUUGUGUUCGGACAAUAGCCUCCACCUUUGGGAGAUCAACAACAGCAGAGAUGGCAAGAGCUCCUCCCUGGAUGAAGUUAAGCAGUUCUCCAUUGAGAAUAACAAAAUGAAGACAGUAUCAGCAUGUUGUCUAACAACAAACCAUGAACAGCUGUUGCUGGGUACCGAGGGAGGUAACAUUCUUAUCCUUGAUGUUAAAGCCUUCACUCUUAUGGACCAAAUCAUUUACCAAGAUGUUGUCAUGCAAAAUGUACCAGAUGAUUUCAAAGUGAACCCAGGGGCAGUGGAGUCUGUUGCUGUGCACUCAAAAGAUCCAGACAAGUUUCUGAUUGGCUACAACAGAGGAUUAGUUGUGCUGUGGGAUAUCAAGGCCAGCAACUCUGAACAAACAUACAACUCAACACAGCAACUGGAGUCAUUAUGUUGGUCACGGAGUGGAGAAGAGUUUAUGAGUGCUCAUGCUGAUGGCAGCUACAUUGUAUGGAGUAGUUCAGACUCAACAGAACCAAAAGAACCUGCUCUCACACCAUAUGGACCAUUUCCCUGUAAAUCAAUUGGUAAAAUUGACUGGAAAACAGCCAAAGCUGACCCCUUCGUAAUAUUUUCUGGAGGUAUGCCGAGAGCCAGCUAUGGUGAUAAACACACAGUGAGCAUCAUGCAGGGAUCCAAUCAUGUAGUUCUUGAUUUCACAUCUAAGGUCAUUGAUUUCGUAACCAUGACAAGAGCUAAUGAAAGUGAUACUGAAGAGGACAGGGCAGAAUAUGAUGAGCCACAUUCCCUGAUUGUACUGGCAGAGGAAGAACUUGUAGCCAUCGAUCUCGACUCUGACAAAUGGCCGUCAUACCAGUUACCCUACGUCAGUAGUCUUCACUCAUCGGCCAUCACCUGCUCGCAGCAUGUCAGUAAUGUACCAGAACAAUUGUGGACUAAAAUUACUGAUGUUGGACAAUCACAGAUGGCUGCUUAUUCAAAACGGCCAUGGCCUAUUACCGGAGGAAAGUGUGAUACAUCAGAAUCUAGUUCACGUGACCUUUUGCUUACAGGUCAUGAAGAUGGUUCUGUGAGGUUCUGGAAUGCUUCUGGUUCCUGUCUUCAGUUCAUGUACAGAUUGAACACAUCCUCUGUGUUUAAUGUUGAAGUUCAUACACCAGAUAGCAAUGGUGAAAUGGAAGAGGAAUGGCCUCCAUUCAGAAAGGUUGGAACUUUCGAUCCAUACAGUGAUGAUCCUAGAUUGGGUAUACAGAAGAUAGCUUUAUGUCCGCUGAGUGAGACCCUGGUUGUUGCUGGAACAGCAGGUCAGGUCAUCACACUGCAGAUGGAACGAGAGGAGAGAGAACAAGAAAUAAAACCAGUCAUGGUGAAUAUUGUCAGCGACCGGGACAACUUUGUGUGGAAGGGCCACGAGGCUGUGACGCCUAAAGAAGGGGACGUUAAAUAUCCAGCAGGGUACCAACCUACCUGUAUGAUGCAGCUGUAUCCCCCUGCAGCUUGUACGGCACUUGCAUUCCAUUCUGAAUGGCAGCUGGUUGGGGCAGGUACUGCUCAUGGUUUUGGGCUGUUGGAUUACGUUCAGAAGAAAGAAGUAACAAACAGAUGUACAUUAAAUCCACAAGAUUUGACAGGAACUUCAGACACAACAAUGUCAAGAAGGAAAUCUUUUAAGAAGUCCCUACGUGAAUCAUUCAGAAGGUUACGUAGACGACGAUCUGAAAGAAGAGCGAAAGCUAAAGAUGAUGCUACAAAGGGAGAUAAGAAUAUUGAAGAAAAGGCUUCUCCUGAGGCAGGGCCCUCGGCAUCAGCUGCAGCGGAACCCCCUGCAUCGCCAACACCAUCUGAGCCUAAACCAGUAGAACGUAGUGUAGAAUUUAGAUCUAAUGAAGAUUCUAUGGCAUCUAUGGUUAGAUGUCUUUACUUUGCCGACACUUUCAUUGUAAAUGGUCAUACGCAUAAUCCAUCAUUGUGGGUAGGAACAAAUGGCGGUCAUGUAUUCGUAUAUAAUGUCACAGUCCCGAGUGGUGAGAAACGUAAUGAAGAUUCAGUUAGCUGUAUUCUAGCCAAGGAAAUAAAAUUACGGCACCAUGCACCUGUCAUAUCUAUUGGAGUUAUUGAUGGUAAAUCUAGGGUACUGCCAGAUUCGCUUGAGGUUCAACAUGAGAGAGCAAAAGCACCAGAUACAUCUUCACAUCAUUCCGUUAUCAUCUGUUCAGAGGAGCAACUUAAGAUAUUUACCUUGCCACAUUUGAAAGCUAAAUGGAAGUUCAAGUUGACAGCAGUUGAUGGUUCAAGAAUACGUAAGGUAGCAUUUGUCAACUUCCGAAGCCGCUCAGAUGAGAACUACUUGGAGAACGACAUAGCUUGUCUGAGUAACCUCGGUGAACUAAGUGUAUACUCUGUCUCAACACUGAGACAACAAAUGCAGGCCUCAGCAAUCAAGAGAGAAGAUAUAAAUGGCAUCACUUCAUUCAUCUUCACCAAGUAUGGCCAAGGUUUCUUCCUUCUCACAUCAUCCGAGUACCAGAGGAUCUCACUGUCAGCCCGAGUCCAGGGAGAGCCAAUGUGCACCUUAGAGCUAGCCGAGGGUAUGAGACCCGAGCCUCCACCGGAACCAGAAACUCAACCGGAACCAGAGGCUGGAGCCGAGGGUGGUGAACCAGCAAAGGAAGAGGAAGGGGAAGCAACCCAAGCAGAACAGUAUGACAAUACUGACAUAACUGAGGCACUCAAUGAGACCACUGAUUCAAUGGCAAAUACAACAGUAGAGGCAGAAAUCACUCAAGAUAGUGUGGCAAUAAUUGAUCACACGGGAGACACUAGUGUCACAAGCAAUGUAUCAGAAACAGCCCCUGCAGAGACGACACCCACUGAAGCUCCAGCAACAACAACAACUGAGGCAGCACCUGUAACUGCCACAGAACCAACACCAGGGGGAGACGCGCCAGAACAAAACACAUCAGAUGACACGAAAGCUUCACAGCAGAAAGUAGAGAUUGAGGUAGUUGCAAAGGUAGAAGAGCUGAAGAUUAAAGACAAAGUUGUUGUUGAUGAUGAUCCUGCACUUGAAAAACAGAAGAAUGUUGCCCUGCAGAAUGGACAUGAUGAGGAGAUUACAGCUGCUUCGUAAAUGACCUUGACCUUUGCUGGAAUGUGCAUUGUGUGGAAGUUUUUCUUCUAAUUGCUUCGGUUUUGUGUUCAGAAAUAUUUUAGUUGAUUUGCAAAGGACUUGCCUGCUUUAGUUGAAGGUUUUACAUUUGCAAAAUGUAAUUCCAAGUUAAGGGUUGCUGUGGAUAUUGGUCCAUAGUAACAUUGUGCUUCUUGAAUUUUUGACUGCUUUUUAAAUGCAGCAAGAAAAAUGUGAAUAGUAAAGAGACCACAAGGGUUUCAUUUAGAAAAAAAUAUGGUUCAUUUGUUUCAGAAAUUUUAUGAUCAGUUUUACACCAAGAUAUUUAUUAUGCCUCACUUUAUGGAAGAGGGGCUAUAUUGUUUUGCUCAUGUCUGUCACAUACAGUUUGUUUUCUGAUCAAAAACUAGAUAGUGCUUUUCUACAGAGGUCAAACAUAAUGGAAUAAUAGCUUUGGGGGUCAGUAUGUCAUGGUAAAAAUGAAGACCUGAAUCCCUUAGGGUCUAUAGCUGAAGAAUGAAACUUACAGCAUGAUUUUACAAUGCUCAGUAGAUGACUGGUAUUGUUUUGUGGGUCAUAGGUCAAAAAUCAAGGUCAGGGCUUACUUUAUGCUGAAAGUUACCCAGUCACUGCUGACAGGACAUCAUGGUGGCAUAUGUGUUUUAUGAACAGCUCUUGUUUGAAAUUGCAAGGUAUAAAGAAAUCCAGUUGUAGUUACCUUUUUGAUUGGUGCAAUUUGCUCAUUUUCUUUGAACUUGCCUUACCAUAUGAGCUUUUCAGAUCAUUGACAAAGCCCUAUUUUCAGCUUAGAAGAUUGUAUUUUAUAAAGACUUUCUAGGAUGAGAUUCAUACAUCUUUUAAGUUACUCGAGACUUUGAGGGUUAGCUUAUUUGCUCUAUUAAAUUUCACAUUUUAUGUCGAUUACCUUCAUUCAGUAUUGUCAUUUUUCUGUUAAUGUAUAAUUAUGAAUACCAGUCUGUCCAUUUCUAUUUUAUGUUACCUUUAACUUAUCAUGUACAAAAUUUUAGAACUAAUCAUCUAGUUAUUCACCAUACAUUUCAUCCAUACAUGUAAGUCAUCUCCAUCACCAUUAUGUUGUAAUGUUAUGUCUUGUCCCAAAGAAAAAGUGAAAAUUCAAAAUUAUGUGCAAUGAAAACUAACUUCCAGUCACUAUCAGAAAAGUGUUUUUAAAGAGUGUGAAGUAAUGAAAUUGUAUUGAAAUGAAAAGGCUUGAAGCUUUGUGACUUAUUUGUAUAUGUGGUAUAUGUAACAAAUUUUAUAUUGAUGAAUUUGUUGAGUUGUACUGAAAACCAGUCUUUAUUGUGCAAAGUUCAGGGACUAAAAUAACCUGCUUGUUUCGUGCACAUUACAAGCUGUGAUUCCUGUCUGGAGACCAUUCAUAAAUCCAUGCAGGUAGGAAUCAGAUUCCGUUCACACUCGAUAGGAAUACAUUAAUGAACCUAUUUGCCAACUAUUGAUGCACAAUAACACACUUGGCUGAUACACCAUAUAGUCAAGUUUUGCCAUUUUAUAUGCAUUUUCAUCCCAUUUGUGCAGUAGGUCUAUAAAUAAACAGAAUUUUAAAUGAAUUUAAGAUCAGUAUUUUUUUGUACAUAAAAGGGCUGGAUAUCAUUAUUGGUACAUUUUUAUUAUUUUUGUAUUGGAAUAAAAUCUUAAUAUUUUACAUGAGAAUAUAUGUAAUACGCAUAAUACAUUAUAGUACAUGAAUAACAGUUAUAUUGUAAUGUUUACAAAAUCUGUGUACACAUUCUACGCAAUAUGGCCUAAUGCAUUAUUAUUUGUACAUUGAAUAAGAGUAUUUAGUGAUUCUAAAUGGUUGUAUUUUAUUGCCAAUAAUAUUUUUAUUGUUUAAUUGCUGGAAUAUAAAUUGCUUUUGUGACCAUUUGCUAGUAUUUUUUCUUCCGAUGGCAAUUUUAGUUUUUUUUCUUUUAUUAAAAUGCAAUAGAUUUAGCAUAUUUUUAUAUUUACUCAAUUGUUGUGAAAAAAUUUAGUUGCUUUAGAAAUUUUCUCUGUGAACAGAUGUUACUUCUAAAAAUAUUGUAAGUUUUCCUUUUGUAAUUGUUAAAUUUGCAUCCUCUAGUGUAUUUAAUUGCAAGUAAAUGUAUCUGUGCCUUCAACGCUUACAAAAGGUGUGACAUUAAUUCCUGUUCUCCUUCAUUUAAUGUUGUAAAUCAUAUAUGGUUCUAAGUAAAGUGUAACUCAUAGUUACUUCUUUUCUCUUUUCUGGCCUAUUUGUAAAACAGGGCAGGUCUAUAAUAUAAAAACUAAAUACUUCUAAUUUGACUCGGUUGCUUGGUUCCGUAUUUGCGUUAUUGAAAAAUUGGUAAAAUCUUAGUUUAGUAUACCUCGUGCUGUGCUCGUAGUAUAAUUUUCUAGCUGUGCUAAAUUGAUGUGAAAAAUCAUUGUUAAAAAUUCUAUUAAAAUUGAUUGAGCUUGUUAUUUUCUAAAAUCCAUAAAGUAACCGUGCAAAGAAUUGUUGCAUCAGGUUAUUCAACGUUUUCCAUUUUAUAUAUAAUGGUUCUCCCCUUUUAUGUAGACAUACAUGUAAGGCUUUAAGAUUUUAUUACUUCAUUUAUUUCUUGUAAAGCUUUUUGUGAGAGAUGGUUCAGUGUAAUAUAUGGUGGAAGCAAUCUAUGAAUAAAAACAUAAAAAUUAAA